AUGGAACAUUCCAAUUGUACAUCCACAGUUUUUAUACAAUCUGACCCCGAACUACAAGGCUUUGAGAUAAAGCCAUUUCAGGGAGCUGUGUUUACAACAAGCGGAAUUUCAGAAGAAAUCUACAACAACUAUUUCAUACUUUUGGGUGCAAAGUAUGAGCCAAACUGCUCAAUUUUUACUGAUUUUCUUGUCUGUGACAAUGAAGAUUCAGAAAAAUAUAAAUUUUGCAAAAAGUAUGAAAUUCCAGUUAUCAAGACAAGUCAGGUCUUCAGUGGAAACUACUCUUUGUUUAAGAAGAAAACAAAAUACGAUGCAAAACAGCUUCGGCCAAAGGCCAUGUUCUUUGAAAGAGUAUUUUAUAUUGAUCCAAAGCUGCCCAAGCAGCUUUUCAAUAAAUUAAGAAGAAUAAUUAUCGAAAAUGAAGGAACAAGAGUUUCAUUGAUUAGCGAAGAUACAGAGUAUGUGAUUACCUUCAAUUACGAUGAAUACAGAGAACAUUCUUCUAAACUAAUCCACUAUCAAUACAUAUUUGACUGCUUUGAAAGCAACUCGCUUCUGUACUCAGGUUUUUACCGGUACCAUUUUCCUAUUUCCAAAGUCGUGCUACAAAAUGCAGUGUCUGUGGUCGACAAGGACAUGGAAAAUGCCAAUGAGUACAUUUACAAGCUUAAAAGUCUUGGGUCGAAUGUUAAAGGCGUCUUGGACUCCCGAUGCACACAUUACAUUACUAAAGAUGCAAACCUAAGCAGCUUAAAAUCCUUUGUAAACGAUCCAAAUAGUCAAAUGGGCGGACAGAAGGAUGAUGAGCAAAGAUUUCCGUUUCUGGUACUGAGUCCUGAUUGGGUUGACCAGUGCUUAAUUCUGCUGAAACAUACAAAAGAAAGCAAAUUCAGUGCAAACAAACUCACACUGAAUUUCAGGAGAAGAUUGAGCUUCAAAAAGCAGGAAGAAAUGGUAUUCCAAUUUACUGGGCUGCCCUUGUUUUUCAAAGACGAGGCCAUCAGAAAAUUCAGAAAUUUUGGGAUCAAAUUUGUGGAUUCGGAUAAGUUUGAGGGAUGCACACACUUAAUAAUGGGGGUCACUUAG